AUGAAAACAAUUAUGAACAGUUGGAUUGAAGAUGAAAGUGAUGAUGAAGACCUUUACGAUCAAGAUAUCGGUUCGGAAACAGAAAAUGCUGAAAGUCAAACAUCAGAAGAAGAUGAUGAAACUGAUUUAGAAAAUCUUAAAUUGGACGACGAUUCUACAGAAAGGAGUUUAUAUAGUUCUAAAUCUGGAAUUAUCUGGUCCUCAAUUCCGUCCUCUUCGACGAAAAUAAGCUCUUCAAAUGAUACAAACGAGAAAACUGUACCUACUGGAUUCACUGAAAAUGUAUCAUCUAUUGAAGAUUCAUUUGUGUUUUAUGUCGGAAAAAAUCAUACACAAAAUUUUGAUUUAUUCAAGUAUGGAACAUAUUCGAAAUACUACUUCUAA